GCAACCGGAAACCAUUCGGUAGGUAACCGAAUUCAAUUCUCCCUCUCCUAUCUCUAUAUUUGCCACCCAUAUGAUGAGAUUUCAUGCAAAUCAAAAGCACACCAUUAAAACACACACUCUCUCUCUCUCUCUAACAAUAAAAAAAAAAAAAAAAAUGGUAGGCAUUGAAGGUAUGGUUGUUUGUUGAUACUAGUUAUUACAUUCAAUGAGCAACCAUAGUUAAAAAAAAAAAAAAAAACACAAAUGAGCUUGCUCUUCAUCAUCUUCAUUUUUGGUUUGAGUGGAAGAUUUUGAGCUGGGCGGUAUGGAAAUAGAGGUUGCAGGUGGUGGCAGUCGUGGUGCUGGGGUGGCGGAUCUGGAGAACGGGGCGGUGGUGAACGGCGGAGAUGUGGGUGUAGCAUACUUGGUGUGGGAAGAUCUGACGGUGGUGCUGCCAAAUUUUGGGCAUGGACCCACCAAGAGGUUGCUUCAUGGGCUUACUGGCUAUGCUGAGCCUGGUAGAAUCAUGGCUAUCAUGGGUCCUUCUGGCUCUGGCAAAUCCACCCUUCUUGAUUCCCUAUCAGGUAGGCUGUCCCAAAAUGUUGUCAUGACAGGCGAUAUUCUUCUUAAUGGAAAGAAGAGGAGACUAGAAUAUGGUGUUGUGGCUUAUGUGACUCAAGAGGAUGUAUUGUUGGGAACACUCACAGUUAGAGAAACCAUCACAUACUCAGCCCAUUUGAGGCUUCCAACUACCAUGAGUAAGGAAGAGGUAAAUGAUAUCAUAGAGGCAACAAUUAUGGAAAUGGGACUUCAUGACUGUGCUGAUCGGCUGAUCGGGAACUGGCACAUACGAGGUGUGAGUGGAGGGGAGAAAAAGAGACUAAGCAUAGCACUUGAAAUCCUUACAUGUCCGCGUCUCUUGUUUCUUGAUGAGCCCACUAGUGGCCUUGACAGUGCCGCGGCCUUCUUUGUUAUCCAUACUCUUAAAAAUCUUGCUCGCGAUGGAAGAACAGUCAUCUCUUCAAUUCAUCAGCCUAGUAGCGAAGUUUUUGCACUGUUUGAUGACCUGUUUCUAUUAUCAGGAGGUGAAACUGUAUACUUUGGAAAAGCGAAUAAGGCUGUAAAGUUCUUCUCUGAAGCAGGAUUUCCAUGUCCAAGCAGAAGAAAUCCUUCGGAUCAUUUUCUACGUUGUGUUAAUUCAGACUUUGACAUUGUAGAAGCCACACUAAAAGGAUCACAAAGAAUUCGUGAAACAGAAAAACCAUCAGAUCCUUUGAUGAAUUUGCCGACAUGGGAGAUCAAAACAAUGCUUAUGGAGAAAUACAAGCGCUCAGAGUAUGCGGCAAAGGCUAGAGCUAGGAUCCAGCAGAUCUCUAACAUUCGAGGACUCGAAAUUGAAAGAAAAAGGGGGAGCCAAGCAGAAUGGUGGAAACAACUUUUGACAUUGACGAGGAGAUCUUUUGUGAACAUGUCUAGAGAUGUGGGAUAUUACUGGCUACGUAUAAUCAUCUACAUAAUCGUAUCUAUUUGUGUUGGUACUAUUUAUUUCGAUGUUGGUACUAGCUAUACUGCAAUCUUAGCUCGGGGAGCUUGUGGUGGGUUUAUAUCAGGAUUUAUGACAUUCAUGUCCAUCGGAGGCUUCCCAUCUUUCAUUGAAGAAAUGAAGGUUUUUAAACGAGAGAGGCUCAACGGACACUACGGAGUUGCAGUGUUCAUUCUAUCGAAUUUCCUCUCUUCCUUCCCAUUUUUGGUUGCGAUUGCAAUCUGUACCGGAACCAUUACUUAUUACAUGGUGAAGUUCCGGCCGGGGUUUUCUCACUAUGUGUACUUCUGUCUUAAUCUCUUUAGUUGCAUUGCUGUUGUAGAGAGCUGCAUGAUGAUUGUAGCUUCAUUGGUUCCCAACUUCUUGAUGGGAAUCAUAACUGGGGCUGGAAUUAUUGGAAUCAUGAUGAUGACUGCCGGGUUCUUCCGUUUGCUGCCUGAUCUUCCCAAGCCAGUUUGGCGCUACCCGAUUUCUUAUAUCAGUUAUGGCGCGUGGGCAUUACAGGGUGCAUACAAGAAUGAUCUGAUCGGGCUUGAGUUUGACCCCAUGUACCCCGGUGACCCAAAAUUGAAGGGUGAGGAUGUCAUCAAGAACUUGUUUGGGAUACCGUUGGAUCAUUCCAAGUGGUGGGAUUUAUUUGCUCUAUUCGUCAUCCUCGUAUCUUAUAGACUUGUCUUCUUCAUUAUUCUCAAGUUUAAGGAGAGAGCUUCACCACUGUUUCGGUACUUUUAUACCAAGAGAACUCUUCAUCAUCUCAACAAGAGGCCUUCAAUCAAGGCGAAGUCGCCUUUUUCUUCAAAGAGGCAUCAUGCUCUCCAUUCAUUGUCUUCUCAAGAGGGUCUUAGCUCUCCAAUCCCCUAGAAGCCACGGUUUUUAUCGUAUAGUCCCAAAUGUUGAUUGAUUUUAGUAGUUCAUGAUAAGAUCGCCGUCUUUUAUUCAUUGCUUCGAGUUGGUUCAGUGUUAUCGGUAUGACCUUUGAUAGAGCGGAAUGAAAGAAUAUGGUUCAUGUAGCGGACUUCAAGUAGUUCAGAAAAGACUUUGUUUGAUGUUAUUAGUUGGUGCCGUGUUAUCGGUCUCAUUUUCGCUUUCGGGAUGCAAUAGCAAGUGUUGAAUAGAAUGACGAAAUGGUAACCAGAGUGGCACAUAGCCAUGCUGUUAUGGGGAAAGAUGGAUACUGUACAGACUUUCUCUGAGGGUGGUAGCAUUCAUGUGGUAUCUUAUGUGGGACACUAAUAGCUUGUAUAAUUGGUUACAUAAUCUUAAAGAUGUUACUUAAUUCUUCUUGUUAUUCUCAAUGGGGAAUAUGAUAGUAAGCUAUAAUUCUCAAUACUGUUACUAUUAUGUUAAUUUAAUUUAAUUAUUAUUAUUAUUAUUA